AUGUGCCCAGUAUGUAAUGUCAACAAGAAAUCCAACAUACAUGCUAAAGCAGGUCUUGGCCAAAACCAUGCUGGAGCACCCUUAGAAAGAGUUCAUAUUGACUUAAUGGGUCCAUUUGUGGAGUCCAACAAAGGGAACAAGUACAUUUUAAUGAUAGUCGAUCAGUUCACCAAGUGGUUAGAGUGUUACGCAUUGCCUGAUCAAGAAGCGGAGACAGUGGCAACAUCAUUUGUGGAAGGUUUUGUAUCUCGAUUGGGGUGCCCUCUCCAGCUCCACUCGGACCAGGGUAGGAAUUUCGAGAGCCGCUUAUUUCAGGAAAUGUGCAAACUACUCCAGAUAACAAAAUCGAGAACCACCCCUUACAGGCCCUGCUCAAAUGGACAGGUCGAAAGAUACAAUCGUCUUGUUCUCCAAGCCAUCCGAUGCUAUAUGGAAAACAUUUCACAGCAGAAAGAUUGGGACCUGCACCUCCAGCAAAUAGCAGGGGCAAUCCGUGUCACAGUCAAUCGACAAACAGGAUUCACACCAAACAGAAUGAUGCUGGGGAGAGAAGUCUCUCAGCCUUUAGAUGUAAUGUUAGGAAGGAAGACGCCAGUGCAAAAACCAGCAGGAUAUGUGGAAAAUUUGGAGGAGGCCCUCUGCGUGUGUCAUCAAGCUGCAAGAGAUAACUUGGGGGAAGCACAACUCCGACAGAAGAGGACAUAUGACAUAAAAUCAAACACAAGAAGCUAUGAGGUGGGUGAUGUGGUAUAUAUGGUGGACACCUCUUCCAAAAUAGGCCAAUCAAAAAAGUUGAGGAAGCCAUGGAUAGGCCCUUUUGUCAUUAUUUAUAAGAUUAAUCAUGUGCUUUACAGAAUCCAAGGAAGAAAAGAAAACAAAGUGGUCCACCAUGACCGAUUAAAACUUUGUCAGGAUAGAGAUCUACCAUUAUGGCUUAAAAGACUACGACAUUCAGUUCUUCACCCAGAACCCAAUGACAAGGAAUCCAAACUGCAAAACCAAGUACAGGAGGACUUACUGAAGUCCAAUUCUUGUGAAGAUGAUGCUGCAGGCCGCACAAAUGAAGGAUACGAGAACGAACUAUCAGAUGAUCUGGAAAUCUGCAUUUCUUAG